GGGCUGAUAUCUGCACCUCCUCCGCAGUCUUGAUCCUCUUCUCACAGGGUCUUGGGUGGGAAGGGGGCAGUGGGAAUGAAGGACACGACUUCAACUCUGCUGCCCCCUGUGGCUCUCCCGGGAGAGUUAGCCACCCUGGGUCGGGCCACAAGGACUGGAGAGGAGGCGGGACAAAGCGACAGCAGCAGUCUGGUGGAUCCACCCGGACGUGCUAUCCGGGGUCUCUCAGCCUGUAAGGCCGCAAGGUCGCUCAGGGUCCGCGCCCCUGGCGAGUUGUCGGGGUCCAGGCAGGGGCGGGGCGCGCCCGCCGAGCGUUUCCGGGAGGAGCGGCCGGCCUGCGGCAGGUGCGGCAGCGAGGCUAGCAGGUAGGCAUUUGCUCGCAGGUCCCGCAUCGGGGUCCCAGCGCUGCGCCCUCCGGGCUUCCCCAUCCCCGCCCUGAGCUCCUGGCUCUGGUGGUCGCACCUUCGGACCGCUGUGUGGAGCGGCCACCACACGUGUCUCUGUCUGGGACGGCAGUGUUCCUGGGGUGCACAGCAGCCAGCCCAGACGUGGGUGGAGGAGGUUUGCGUGUGGGCCCACCCGCUGUCCUUCCUCUGGAUUCCCUGGAGUAUGCAGCGCAGCUCCGGCUAGGAUGGAUCUCUGGUCCCGCGGAGCCCAGGAGCGGUUGGUGGGGUAGUGACCAUGCCUGGUUGAGGCGAGGGUAGCCGUCAGGGGGUAAACACUCCAGGUUGACGUCUCAUGCUGCUUCAUGUUUGCUUGUUGAAUUAUUCCUCUCCUCCCAGAAUAUGGGGAGAAGGACGAUGACCCCCGAGGACCGAGUGAGAUAGCCAGCCUGGGUCGGUGUCACUGGGCCGUAGCUUUGGGAAAUCCGGGGUUAAUACACUGUGGGACCGACAGGUGGCUCUGAUUAGGGAUGGGAUGUCCGUUCCAGGAGGUGAGAGGGAGGCCCCAGGGGAAGGGAAAGCACCAGAGGCUGUGUUAAACUGAGAUGUGGGGGGAGUUCCUUACUCAAAAGCCGCGCAGUCCGCACAGCUGGGGCCUUGCACCUGUACACUUAAGGCCUGACUGGCAAGUGGGAGGGGCUGAGGCUGGUUUACUCUCCGCUUGCUUGCCAGCUGUCAGAAGGCUCAGGCCUGAGGCUAAGGACUUGGGCAGAAGUCGUUCAGCCUUUACCUUAGGCCAUCUCAGCUUGGGAUCUCCCAAAUCCAGGAUGCGGCAGACUCUUUACCCUCUGGCCCUCUUUGCCUACGAAAUCUUUCUCCUGUCUGCCAAGAGCUAGCCAUCUGCUUUUACAAGUCUUCUGUGGGAAAGUCAUGCUCACUUUCCUCUUUUGAGACAGGGUCUCACACUAUGUAGUCCUGACUGCCCUGGAACCCACUCUAGACCAGGCUGGCCUCAAAACUCACAGAGAUCCACCUGCCUUUAGCUCCUGAGUGCUGGGAUAAAGGCGAGUGCCACUAUGCCUGGUCUCACUUUCUUUUUUGUUGUUUUGUUUUGAGGUAGGAUCUCUCUAUGUAUCUCUGGAUGUCUUGGAACUUGCUCUGUAGACCAGUCUGGCCUUGAACUCACAGAUAUCUACCUAACUCUGCCUCCUGAGUGCUGGGAUUAAAAAUGUAUGCCUCCAUAUCCAGCCUGCCCCCAUGUUCUUACACUGGCUCCUUCCUGAGAUCCAGCCUUUCCUCAGGAUGUCUACUUCCUGAGAUGCCUGGUCUUGGACAGCAGCUCUGCACCUACCAGAGCCAAUCCUUGCUCCUAUGGCCAGCCCUAAACAGCCUGGGGCUGGGGAGGGCCAGGAGGAUGAGGAGGCAAAGGGAGUCUCAGCAGGGCAUCGAGCAGAGGUGCUACAACAGGCUCAGGAGCUCUUUCUACUGUGUGACAAGGAUGCCAAGGGCUUCAUCACUCGGCAGGAUUUGCAGGGCCUGCAGAGUGAUCUUCCCCUUACACCUGAGCAGCUGGAGGCUGUGUUUGAAAGUCUGGACCAGGCCCACACUGGAUUCCUCACAGCCCGGGAGUUCUGCCUAGGCCUGGGGAAGUUUGUGGGGGUGGAGUCGGCCCAAGGUGGGUCCCCCUUGAGGACUCCUGAGGAAACCUUUGAGUCAGGCACAGGGGGCUCUCUGGAGGAGGAGGACGAUGUUGAGAUAUUCUGCACUUCCUUGGAGAAGCUGGGAGUGGCUCGGGUCCUGGGCGAGCAACGGGCCGUGAGGACACUCUGGGUCCGGCUGCAGCGCGAGCGACCGGAGCUAUUGGGCUCUCUGGAGGAAGUUUUGAUGCGCGCGUCGGCCUGCUUGGAGGCGGCGGCCAGGGAGCGCGAUGGUCUUGAGCAGGCGCUGCGGCGGCGGGAGAGUGAACACGAGAGGGAGGUGCGCGGACUGUACGAGGAGCUGGAGCAGCAGCUGGGGGAGCAGCGACACCGACGCCGCGGGCAGUGCCAGAACCUACCCCGGGAGGAACAGAGGGGCCACCUGGAGCUGGAGCUGCAGACCCGCGAGCAGGAGUUAGAGCGAGCAGGCCUGCGACAGCGGGAGCUGGAACAGCAGCUGCAGGCCCGGGCUGCGGAACAGCUAGAGGCGCAGGCCCAGCACAGCCAGCUACAGAGGGCCUAUGAGGCCAUCCGGGCACAGCUGGACCAGGCGCAAGAGCAGCUCAGCCGCCUAGAGGGCGAAGCACAGGGUCGUCAGGAGCAAACCCAGAGAGAUGUGGUUGCUGUCUCCAGAAACAUGCAGAAGGAGAAACUCAGCCUCCUAAGGCAGCUGGAGCUACUGAGGGAGCUGAAUCUGCGGCUUCGAGAUGAGAGGGAUGCCUGUGAGACUAAGCUGCUGGGCAGUAGCCACAGGCAGACUCUAGCUAUUACCCACAAGCCUGGGCCCACCUACUGCUGCUGCUGCUGUGGCUGGACUCGGCCCCCAAGACGAGGCUCUGGUCAGCUUCCUAGUGCCCGAUGACCAGCCCCGAAUGACUCACUGGGUCUUCCUUAUCUAGAGGACUGGAAGGGGACUGCUCUUGGUUGCUUGCUAAGUAUGUGGUGCUACCCAGAAAGCAUCACCUGCUCGAAGGAACUAACCUCAAGAGUGGUCAAGGUCUUCAUCUUUGUUUAUCAGACUAAUAAAUGCCGCUGACCACUGUGCA